CCUCUAAGCUGGUUAGAAGAGUACACGUAAGUGGUAGAGAAUGAUGUAAAACGCGUUUAAUUGUUGUGUUGGAAGGUGAGGAAACGUGUUUGGAGAAAAUGGGGAAAAAGGCGUUGCAAAUAAAAGCAAAAUUGGAGAACGUCGAAGAAGUGAAAACGUCGGGACCAGAAUUCAGGUGGUACCUGAAGUUUUUUUGCGGGAACUGUGGCGAAGUAUCGGAUAAGUGGAAUUACGUGUCUUUAAGCGAGCCGAUUCCAGCUCAAAGAGGAAACGCGGUGAACCAUUUUGUUAUGAAGUGCAAACUUUGUUCUCGCGUGAAUUCUAUGAGCAUUUUGGAGGAUUCCAUCAAACCGUACACCGGCGUGAACGAUCAAGAGCAGUUCCAAACGAUCGCGAUAUUCGAUUGUCGAGGCAUCGAACCCGUUGAUUUCUCGGCAAGGCAAGGUUGGAUCGCAAAAGCUGUUAACGAAGGAAAGGAAUUUACGGACGUGGAUCUGACAGAGGGAGAGUGGGUCGAUUACUGUGAUAAGAUUAAAGAACCAGUUGGAAUCUACGAAAUCGAGUACAAGUUCGUAUCCGUUAAAUAAGAUAAGUGCGUGUCGAGUAUACGUCGAGUAUUCUUAUUUUUUUUUCCACCUUUUCCUUUUGACAAAAGUUUUCAUCGCUAGAAUG